CAAGCACAUACAAUGUACAUGUAUUUGUGUACAAUCCGAAGGGAGGUCAAUGUAGGUCAUACUGCGAAAGAGAGGAAACGCUAAACAUGGAUUUGAAAGGGCUCUUUGGUGGAAAAGAAAGGACGUUUCGUCCGAAGAAGAAGUUUGAGCCGGGCACGUUACGCUACCAGCUCCACAAAAAGGCGAUGGCGUCGCUCAACUCCGGCUUGGACCUCAAAGCUGUCGUCUCGCUACCAGCCGAAGAGGACUUGAAUGAUUGGCUGGCCGUCCACGUUGUUGACUUCUUCAAUCGGAUCAACCUCAUCUAUGGAACAAUAUGUGAAUACUGCACGAAUGAGUCCUGCCCAAUCAUGUCUGGGGGACCAAAGUACGAGUACAUGUGGUGUGACGGUGAGAAGUUUAAGAAACCAACGGCACUACCAGCUAACCAGUACAUCACCCAUCUUAUGGAAUGGGUGGAAACACUCAUCAACAAAGAGUCCGUGUUCCCAGUAAAUGUAGAUGUCCCCUUUCCCAAGAACUUUGUGGCCACGUGCAAGAACAUUCUAAAGCGACUCCACAGAGUGUUUGUUCAUGUUUACAUCCAUCACUUCGAGAACCUAGUGGCAAUAGGAGCGGAAGCCCACAUCAACACAUGUUACAAGCACUUCUUCUACUUUGUCAAAGAAUUUAACCUCAUUGACCCUAAGGAACUUGAACCACUGAAAGAGAUGACGGAGAAGAUCUGCCGCUGAUAAUAUCCCUCCCCCAUCCCUUAAGCCCCUCCCCCAUUCUUUAAGCCCCUCCCCCAUCCUUUACGCCCCUCCCCAUCCUUUAAGCCCCCGUCUCCAUCCUUUAUAAGCCCUCUAGGCCUGGCUUCCACACUUUAAGCCCCAUCUCCAUCCUGUAAGCCCUGCCUCCAUCCUGUAAGCCCCGCCUCCAUCUUUUAAGCCCCAUCUCCAUCCUGUAAGCCCUGCCUUCAUCUUUUAGGCUCCCCGUUUACCCCAACAACUUUGCCGAAAUCUUUCCAGUCAAGACGGCAGGCCCAGUGUAGUCAUGAUUCAGAACCUGUCGAGACCGAUAACUUACAUGUACAUACAGGGUCCUGUGAAAUAGCAACCUUGAUGUAGGUCUGAACCUUGGACCAUCAGAACAGAUGUUCACUUGUCCUAACCACAGAGCAGCACCAGUGCUGCAUGUGCCCAGUCCUCUGCCAAGUCCAGAGCGAUGGACCAUCACCUUUGCAUACCACAGUCUUGGUGUGGAUCAGAAUCGCUGUCCAGAGAUGUAACUUCAGGAACACAGCCCUUUGUAUAGCCAUGGACCAGCAGAUCUGAAGUUGACUCGUUAGACUGCAAAAGGCCAAUUCCAGGCGGAAGUGAAAAUUUGUCAUUCCAUCUCAGAAAUCAUCACGGUUUCAAUUCAUUAGUAAAAGUGAAAGAAAAACCCGCUGAAAAAUGGUAAGUUGAACCAGCAGUGAGGACCAGUUCCUUUUUAUUCCCAUUUGCAGUAUAGUUUGUUUUCAUUGCUUCAUAAAUUACAGAUAAUUAAAUGGUUAGUAAUGGAAUGAUGAAUUUUCAGUUUUGUGCCGAAUCGCCUAAACAGAAACAUUGAGAACAAGAGACCAUAUGAAGUCCUGUGACCUUUGAAGUCAACGUGUUGAUUUCUUUAGUAACGUUGACACCAGUGUGUGAUUUCACAGCAAACAGACCUCCCCUUUCGGAGACAAUUACAUGUACAGCGUUGUACACAUUAUACAUCCCAGGUGAGUAACAAUAUUUUUUUCCGCACCCUUGUUCAGUCACAAAACCGUAACAUGUCAUCCAUAAACAGGUUGCCAGUUGCAGAAUAUUUUCUUGUGUGUAUGGUUAUUUGACAUAACCCCGUACAACUGUGCGAUGAAGGAGUUUAUUUGUCCAUGAACCAUUUACCCAGGGAUGUGCAAUCGCAAGCAGCCCCAGUGCAAACACAUGUGCGACCUUGGUUCCAUGCUCCACGGAUUAUUAUUACCCCGGCAGGCGCUCUCGACUUUCU